CAACCCUAAAGUCAGCCAUAUUUAUUGUCCUUUUUGACGUUGCUGUCAUAAUCAAAACACAGCACGUGUGAAAAAUGCGUAUAGAAACGUGUUAUUUCUGUUCCUCCAGGAUAUAUCCUGGCCAUGGGAUCCAAUUCGUGAGAAAUGAUUGCAAGAUUUUCAGAUUCUGCCGUUCGAAAUGCCACGCAGCAUUCAAAAAGAAGAAGAACCCGCGUAAAACCAAAUGGACCAAAGCUUACCGUAAGACCGCUGGCAAGGAAUUGGCAAUUGACCCAUCGUUUGAGUUCGAAAAGCGUCGUCACACUCCCGUCAAGUACAACAGGGAGUUAUGGACAAAGACCAUCGAAGCUAUGAAGAAGGUGGAGGAGAUUAGGCAGAAGCGUUCCAACAACUAUAUCAUGCAAAGGCUGAGGAAAGGACGUGAGGUUGAGUGGCAGCGGGAUGUCAGAGAAGUGCAAAGGGACAUUUCACUCAUCAGGUCACCAGCAGCAGGCCUAAAACAGCGACAAGCCGAAGAAGAAACUGAAAUGGAAGUUGAACCGGAAACCAUUGAAGUGGUUGAUGCUAAGGGCCGCAAACAAAUUAUUGAGGCUCCUGUUAUGGUGCCCGCAGUGGGAGAAAUGAUUGAAGAUGGAGGCGACAUUGAACUAUAACUUUUUAUGAUGUGGCUUAAUACAAGCAGCGGAAUGUUUAGUCUGGCCUGCCAUUUCUCUCAGCAGAACAAGGCAUUAUAUUUGAGAAAUGUAAGAGCAAAGGUUUAAUUUCUAUUUCCAUAAAAAAAUUGAAUCUUCUAUCUGUUUCUAUUGAACAAUUGGUUCACCUGAGUGAAAAUUUACAUAGGGAUGAGAUAUCCAAAUAGAACAGUAUUAAGGCAUUCAGCGGUGGCAACAUGGUUCCAUUUUUAUCGCUUGACACUAUGCCCGUCACUUUUGCACUUACGUACUUGUUAGAACGUGACAGGCAUGGUGACAAAUGAUAAAUAGCCGACCAUCUUAGCCCUACAGACCUAUCAUUUACAUAAAUGUGUUUGUGUAAACUUGUAUAGAUAGUGUCAUUCACGAAGACGCGUGCCUUGACUCUUAUUGUCAUGUUAUUAAAGGUUACAUUUGACAAAUCUGCGCGUCAUCGUGGAUGACUUGUGUCACUAUAAAGUGAAUGUUUUAAUACUUCAGGGGAAAAGCUUUUAAUUUUUUUUUGUAUACAAUGUCAUUCAUAGUUAAAUAAAUUGAUAAUUAAA